AUAUAAUAACAAGUAACAAGAACGUUCUUGGAGAAAAAAACAGCUAUGAACGGCGCCUGAUAGCUGUUUCUCUCUUUCUGUCUUUGCUAACUACAAAACCCCUUCUUAAUUCUUCUUUCGCCAUCUUUACAUAGCAUUGUCAAAAGCACAAAGAUACGAAGGAAGAAAAAAGCCCCAGUUUGUGGAAUUGAGACAUGGAGAGCAGCAGUGGGAUUGAGAGCACGGGGGGGCGUGCGCCACUGUCAGGGGUGGUGGCAGAUUGUGUGAAGCGGUGGUUCAAAGACACUCUGAAGGAGGCUAAGGCAGGUGAUGUUAACAUGCAGGUCUUGGUUGGUCAGAUGUACUAUCAUGGCUAUGGUGUUCCCAGAGAUGCUCAGAAGGGAAGAAUUUGGCUGACUAAAGCGUCGAGGGUUAGGUCUUCAGUUUGGAGAGUUGGUGGUAAACGUCCAGGUUAUAAUGCAAGCGACUCUGAGUCUGACGAAGAAGAAGAUUCUUAAACAGACUAAAUUUGAUUUCAUGUCCAAAAUUUGAAAGGUAGGUGUGGCAUCCUGCUUCUUCAUAGCCACCACAUAUGUUCUUGUGACUUCCGGUUAUCAUUUUGCUUCCUGAUCUGUGUAUGAUAUGCUACAUCAUUUUUCUGAAUCAAGGAAAAAGAAAAGGAAAUAUUAUUACUUUUUGUGAAAAUUGUUGCUUGUUAAUUGAGGGGCAUUUUCCCUUUCCUUGACACAUCACCAUAUCAUGCAAAUAGAAUAGGAACGUAUAUAAGUUAAUACUUUCUAAAUCCGAAAUGAAGAUUCAGGCUUCCAAAUGAUGCUUA